AUGUACAGCGGUGACUCGACGGGCCGAGAGACGGAUGCCCUUUUGGAGAAAGGAUCCUUUAACGGGACGGGCAAUAACGAGUACGGGGACGGACAGGACGUUGUAACGGGGGGAAGAAGCACUGUGCGGAUUAGGGAGGGGAUGCCGCCAGCUGCAGGCGCAGAGAAGGGCGUGCCACGUGGCGUGGUGAUAUUGGUCGUCGUGUUCCUGGACCUGUUUGCAGUGGGCAUGGCCAUGCCGCUCGUCACGCCACUCAUUAAGGAGCUAGGAGCGUCUCCUCCACAGGUCGGCUUCCUCUCGUCCACAUACGGUGCUGUGCAACUCGUAACUGGGCCAUUCUUUGGUCUGCUGAGUGACAGCAUGGGGAGGCGGGUUGUCAUUCUGGUGUCGUAUGCAGGCGCAGGGGCCAGCUACCUGCUGCUGGGGCAGAGCAGCACCGUCACGAUGGUGGUGAUCUCUCGUGUGCUACUGGGCAUCACCAAGCACAGCAUGAAUGCAGUCAAGGCGUAUGUGGCGGAUCACACCACAGCCACCAACAGAGCCGUGGAGCUCGGCAGGAUGGCAACAGCAUCGGCUCUGGGCAUCAUGGUCGGCCCUGCAGUGGGUGGCAUGCUAUUUAAAGCAGGCAGUUAUCCCCUCCCAACAGCAGCAGCAGCGCUUCUCUACGCUAUAAACUCCUUCAUUACUGUCACACAGCUGGAAUCACAGCAUAAACCCUCUGCCGAAAUUACACCACAUACCCAUAAGAGAACACGGGUUCUCUCACUGCAAGGUCUCCUUCCCAAUGUGGCCAUACUGACUCGACCCCGAGUGGCAGCACUGAUGGCGGUGCGGGCAGUGCUGGGGCUGGCGGUGCACCUCUUCCGGCAGGGCUUCUCGCUGCUCCUCAUCUACCGCCUCAACCUCCCCGUGCACACUAAUGGACUGCUGCUCUCGCUGCAGGGCCUCCUCACAUCGCUGGUACAGGGCCUUGCUAUCCGUCCCCUGCUGCGCCACUUUCCGGAAACACCUCUCAUUUUCCGCGGCCUGCUGCUGCUCUCCCUCACUCUCGCCCUGCUCGCUGCUGCUCCCAGCCUUCUUUUCCUGAUCCUACUACUACCUCCGCUCGCCCUCUCAACCGGUGUUCUCCGCACCACAUACACUGCCCUUCUCACAACAUCUGUCGCUCAGAGUGAGGUGGGUCAGCUGCUGGGUCUAUCAGAUGCCAUCAUGUCGGCCUGUCGAGUGCUCGGUCCCUCUGCUGCUGGCCUCCUCUCAUCUCAAUUCGGCUAUCACGCCCCUGUCGCUGUCAGUGCUGUCAUUGCUGCCACUGCAGCUCUCCACUUCCACAUGCGAGUGCUGCACCACCACCAGCCUGCCUCUGCUGGCUAUCCUUUGCACCUUCCCCACCUCUGUUCCACCUCCCUUUCCCUUCCUUCCCUCCAUCUGCUCCCUGGCAGUGCUUUCAUUGCUGCCACUGCAGCUCUCCUCUUCCACCUGCUAGUGCUGCGCCGCCACCAACCUGGCUCUGCUGCUGGCAUGGGAAUCUUGUCAAAGGGUCAUUUGGCUUGA